AUGACAAGGGGAGACCUUCAAAGGAUGAGAUUAAGAGGAGAUAAGGAGCACAAGAAGAAGUUGGAGGUGAAGAAUGCUUUGGAGAUUUAUACGUAUAACAUGAGGAACACAGUGAAAUAUGAGAAGCUUGGUGAAAAGUUGACUCCGGUUGAUAAGAAGAUUCAGGAUGCGAUUGAUGAGAAAUCUCAAACCCUUAACCUUAAACAUGAUGUGAAGCGAUUGAUCCAUAAUCUUCUUCAUCUCCGUCAAUUCCUUGGCUCACAUAAUCGGAUGAUGGUGGUACAUGAAGUAUUCUUAGAGAAAGAAGGUGCAUCACCGCAGUUUGAGGCUAGAAGAGGCAACGAGGAUUGGAGGCAAUGGAUGUAG